AUGGUGCACCCCGCCACAGCUCCCAAAGGUGCCCCUCAAGCCUUCGACUUCAUCGUCGUCGGAGGUGGCACCGCCGGCUGUGUUGUUGCUGGCCGUCUAGCCGAGAACCCCAAGGUCUCGGUACUCGUGAUCGAAGCUGGUAUCAAUAACACAAGCGAAAUCCCCGAGAUAUCCACCCCAGCUCGUGCCUUUGAGCUACGAGGCAGUCAGUAUGACUGGCAAUACAAGACCACCCUGAUCGACCGACCGGACUACACCCGAGUCGAGAAGCCCAACACGCGUGGGAAGAUGCUCGGCGGCAGCAGCGGUGGCAACUACUACACCUGGGUCCGCGGCAGUGCGGCCACCUUCGACGACUGGGCCGAAUACGGCACCGACGAGUGGAAUUGGGAGAACACCAAAGCAUACUUCAACAAGUCAACCACGUACCACGACGACGACAACCUCUAUCCCACCGACCUGGCCAAGAUCGGCAACCAGGGCGGACCCCUGCACAUCUCGCACUCCGACCUGGUCCCGGAGCUCAAGCCGUUCCGUGACGCCCUCGAGAAGGCCUGGGUCAGCAAGGGCCAGGAGCUGACGACCGACGUCUACAGCGGCACGCAGAAGGGCCUGUUCAAGUGCGUCAACUCCAUCUACAAGGGCACCCGAUCGACGGCGGCCGUCUUCCUCGAGGGCAAGGACAACAUCACCCUCAUGUCCUCGACCAUAUCGAAGAAGAUUGUCUUCGAGGGCACCAAGGCCGUGGGCAUUACGGUGAUUGGGCCCGACGGCCAGGACUACACCUUCCGGGCCAAGUACGAGGUCAUCGUCUCGGAGGGCGUGUUCGAGUCCCCCAAGCUGCUGAUGCUGUCGGGGAUCGGUCCCAAGGAACACCUCGAGUCCAAGGGCAUCAAGACCCUCGUCGACUCGCCCCACGUGGGCCAGAACCUCCUGGACCACCCCAUCCUGUCCCAUGUCUUCAAGCUCAAGGACGGCUACGGCCUGGACAGCCAUCUCCUGCGCGCCGGACCCCAGAAGGACGGCGCCGUCGCGGCGUACCGCAAGAACCGCACCGGCCCGUACAGCAGCGGCCUGCUCGAACUGGUCGCCUUUCCCCGCGCCGACGAAUGGUUCGAAACCUCCAAGGAGUACCGCGAGUACAAGGCCAAGAACGGCGGCGUCGACCCCUUCGGACCUGGUGGGCAGCCACACUUUGAGGUUGACUUUGUGCCCAUGUUCUGCGACGCUUUCCAGUGGCACUUCCCGACCCCUCCCUCGGGCGACUACCUGACGGUGAUCGUGGACUUGAUGCGGCCGCUGUCGCGCAACGGGGAGGUCAAGCUGAACUCGACGGACCCGACAGAGCAGCCGUACGUCAACAUCAACUUCUUCUCGCACGACCUGGACCUGGUGGCGCUGCGCGAGGGCGUGCGCAUGAUCGACGACAUCGUCAUGAACGGCGAGGGCCUCAAGGACCUCAUCGAGGGCGACUACCCGUGGCCGCUGCCGCGCAACUCGGACGAGGCCAUGAUUCGCCAGAUCCUCGAGCGCUCUCAGACCGGCUUCCACCCGUGUGGCACCGCGCGUCUGGGCAAGGACAUCAAACAGGGCGUCGUCAACCCCAAGCUGCAGGUCUACGGCACCAGCGCCCUGCGCGUCAUCGACGCCUCCAUCUUCCCCGUCAUCCCGGACUGCCGUAUCCAGAACGACGUCUACAUGGUCGCCGAGAAGGGCGCGGACCUCAUCAAGGCCGAGUACCCGAGCCUCUACAAAUGA